AUGUCGGUCAAUGAAAAAGUAAACGUGAACGACACCGAGCUGGGAAGCCCUCGAGACUCUGCGGAGGAGCAUGAGGUUUUCAAGAAGACCGAGGAUGGCGUCAGCUUCCGCAAUGUCGGCUGGUUUAAAGCGUGUAUCAUCUUUGUGAAGGUUCUUUUUGCGACAGGUGUACUGUCGCUGCCCUCAUCACUAUACGCCCUGGGCGCGGUGGGUGGCUCCCUCAGUAUCAUCGGCUGGGGGGCGUUCAACACAUACUCUUUUGUUAUCCUGGGGAACUUCCGCAAGGAGCACCCUCACUGCCACUCCAUCGCUGAUAUGGCGGAGGUUGCCGGUGGCUUUUUCGCAAAAGAGCUCACCGGUCUACUGUUCCUUAUUGGCUACGUCCUUGUUACGGGCAGUGGUAUCAUUGGUGUGUCAACUGCUCUGAAUGCCCUUUCGCAUCACGCCGCUUGCACAGUCUGGUACUCGCUCGUUGCUGCUGUUGUGAUCAUUGCAACUGCCUCCGUCCGAAAGCUUCAGCAUGUGGGCUGGCUCACCUAUGCAGGUUUCAUUUCAAUUUAUGCUGCAGUCCUGAUCGUGGUUAUCGGAGUCACCACGCGCGACCGACCUGCUGCUGCACCCCAGGAGGGCCCCUACGAUCUGGGCUUUGUGGCCAUCAACAACCCCGGAUUUGCUCUUGGCAUGGUCGCUUCUAGCACUAUAUUCGUUUCAUCUGCUGGUACCAGUGCCUUUAUUCCGGUGAUGUCCGAGAUGCGAAACCCCAAGGAUUACAAAAAGGCGUUGUAUUUGUGCAUGGCUUUGGUCACCGCGUCGUACCUUGCUUUUAGUCUGGUCGUCUACCGUUGGUGCGGCCAGUGGGUUGCUAGUCCAUCUUUGGGAAGUGCUGGACAAACAAUCAAGAUGGUAUCUUACGGUGUUGCGCUAUUGGGGCUGGUCGUGAGUGCUACGAUCUAUUUGCAUAUUGCCGCCAAAUACGUUUUCGUGCGUAUCUUGGGUAAAACUCGCCAUUUGCAAGCCAAUACGGCUGUUCACUGGGCUACCUGGAUGGGUUGUACGAUCUCGCUCGGUGCUAUCUCUUUUAUUCUCGCUGAAGCUAUCCCCAUCUUCAACUAUCUCAUCGCAUUGGUCGGCUCUGUGUGUUUUGCUCCUCUUGCCAUUUGUCUGCCUGGAUUCUUGUGGCUACACAGCAAUGGACAUUAUCGCAGAGGCACCCUCAUGCAAAAGACGAUUUACUUGUUGCAUUGGGGCAUGGUCCUGCUCGGUGUCUUUUUCCUUGUCGGUGCCACUUACGGCGUCGUCAUUCAGAUUAUUGACGCCUACGCCACUGGCGCAAUUGGCUCGGCCUUCAGCUGUGUCGACAACUCCAACUCGUCCUAA